AGGGCGCCAUCGAAACAACGUCAAUCGAAAACUUAACAUUGUGGAACUAUUCAGUUAUACAGUAGUUGGGGAGUAUCGAAAAUAUAGCGGAUGAUUUGAGUCACGUGUUCGAAGGAAAGUUCGGAGUUCGUGAUGUUGAAACGAAAAGAGUUUCAGUAACAUUGUGUUCACAACAAUAAAAAAGAACCUGGACGUGGACUGGGAAUGCUGGUCACGAGUGCGUUACAUUUUUUGCUUAAAAAAAAAUAAGAAAAAGAUGAAAUUUAUGUUCGACCACAAAAAAACCAUAGGGGAAGGUGCCUUUGGUACGGUAUACAAAGGGAAGUUAUGGUAUAGUUCUAGUAUGAUAUUAAAAGGGUACGGAAGUCGUGAAGUGGCAGUAAAAAGAGUUGAACUGCGUCACGUGGACAAAAGAAAAGAAGAAGCAAUGCUUAAGUUAAAUCAUACAAACAUCGUCAGACUUUUUCAAUGUGAAAAGGACAACGACUUUAGGUACUACGUAUUGGAACUAUGUGACGCUUCUUUAUAUCAACUUUUCCUGAAGUCGGAUGAUCCCAAAAAAUACAACGGUCGUAUGCCACGUGAAAUCGAAGUCUUCCAUCAAUUAGCUACGGGCCUGGCAUACAUCCAUUCAAAGAAAUUAAUUCAUAGAGACAUCAAACCGAGCACCAUCCUCAUUAUGCGAAAGCCUGGAAAAUAUGACGAGAUAAUAAUGAAAUGGUCUGAUUUUGGACUGACCAAAUCCAUAAACAAAAAGAGAUAUCAUUUAUGGCCUGGCGUGAGAGAAACCAGUAACUGGUACGCACCCGAAGUGCUGCAAAAACUCAUCGAAGGAGAAAGGGCGGAAAACGAAGAGUUUUCGGGCACAGGCGUCAAGAGCGAUGUGUUUUGCCUCGGCCUCGUCUUCGGUUACAUUUUUUUAAAGGGAGAACAUCUGUUCGGUUCACGUGACAAAGACAUUUACCAUAACAUAAUGGGAAAACAUCCGGUGAAUAUGAAGAGUAAUCCCAAUUUACUUCCAUACUAUAUUACUCUUCCAUUUAUGAACACUUGGUUGCUAAUACUAGAUAUUGAUGUCGAAUUGCGCAAAUAUUAUGAGGAUGACUUACUAACGAAAAUGUUGGAAUACGAUCAGAAAAAAAGAAUGAAUUCGGCAGAGGUUGUCGAACAACUGGAAUCCAUCAAGAAUAAAUUGACUGAAAAAGAAAAAGAAUUUUUCCUACUUUGUGCCGGUGACUCUUCGCCUGAUCUAGUUGGAAAAAUCAACGACUUCAUUCGCCUUGGAGUCGAUGUGAAGGCAAAGGACGAUGAUGGAAUGAAUGCGCUUCAUCAUUUGUGUAAAUCAAAUUCAAGCCCAGAUUUAAUCGACGCCAUUCAACUCUUAAUCCCACUGGGAAUUGAUGUGAAUGCAAAAGACAAUUCGGGAAGGAAUGCACUCCAUUAUUUAUGUAGAUCAAAUUCAAGUCCAAAUUUAAUUGACGCUAUUCAACUCUUAAUCCAACUGGGAAUGGAUGUGAAUGCAAAAGAUGGAAGGGGGCAGAAUGCGUCCAUUUGUUGUGCGAGUCAAAUUCAAGCCCAAAUUUAAUUGACGCCAUUCAACUCUUAAUCCAACUGGGAAAUCGUGUCAUAUCCAAAGACCACAACGCACGAACUUUUUUACUCCGUAACCGUAGGAUUAAGAACAAGGACGAAAUCCUAAAACUACUCGACGAAGCACUGUUGUAAUCUGAGCUCGCUGCUAGGCGAUGCAAUGCGCUUUGAUGACGGAAAACUAAAAUAGGCAACUGUAUCCCAUUCUGUAUUCUUUUAUCUUUUACCGCUACAAAAUUCAAAUUUCCCACUUUCGUCACUGUUUUUACACAUGUUCAAUAACUUCACUUUUAAUAUACAAAUAUGACUACAUCGCCAUUGAGGGUUGUCAAUUCAUUAUCUCUUUAGCAAAAUUGAUUGCUCCUCAUUCGACAACUUGAAAAUUGAGAAGAACAAUGACGCAAUAAAAUGAAUAAAAGUAUGUAACUCA